UGCAACAGACGAAUGCUCGCUUGCAACGUGAGCUGCAAGAGUUGCAGCAGCAGCACGAAAAACUCCAAGCGGAGGCGACGCUGAAGCAAACACAACUAGUUGAACAGGAGCAGCUGGCCACCGAGCGUGAGUUGGCUUUGGGCGAUGCAAGUCGUCAACAGGAGCAGCUCCCAAGCGCGCAGUCAAGCGUUGCAGCAACAGAACGAAACGUUGCAACAGCAACUCACAAAUUUGCAAAGCAGCUCCACCGAUUCCAAUGCAGAGUUGGUGAAACUUUCGCAGCAACUUCUAGAACAACAGCAGGCCAACGAGCAGCUGUCGAGCAAAGGCAACGAGGAGCGUGCGGCUCUGGAGCGUCAGCUGCAGUCAGGACAACAGCGUUUGGAUGCUCUGUGUGCGCAAGUGGAGCUGCUAACCCAAGAGCUGUCGAGCAGCACAACACAAAGUCAGCAGCUGCAGAGCAAACUGAAAGCAGAGCAGGAACUGGCAGAGAAGCAAACGUUGGAGUUGAGCGAUGCCAACAGAAAGUUGGAGGCAGCUAGCAGCAAGAGUUCUCAGCUGGAGCAGCAGCAGGAGAAGCUGCAGCAGGAGCUGAGCAGCGUGCGUGGCGAGCACAGCGAACUGACUGUCAAGUUGACGCAGCUGACGGAGCAAUUGAGUCAAGCUCAAAAGGAACAGAGUGCGCAGCAGGAUGCCAGCAGCAAGGAACGCUUGCAGCUGGAGCAUGAGCUGCAGGAGAUGCGUCAACAACUGCAGGCCAGUCAGGCAAACAUGAGUGAGGCGCAACUGAGUGAAGCAGCGCAGCGUGAGAAGCUGCAAGCGGAGGCGCAGCAGCGUGAGGAAAAGUUGCAACAGGACUUGGCCAAAUUGCAGCUGGAGCAGCAGCAACAAAGCAGCGGCAACGAGGUGGCCAUCAAGGAGCUGCAAGAGCGACUCGAGAUCACCAACACCGAGCUGCAGCACAAGGAUCAGUUGGCACGGGAGGAUGCACAAAAGAUCGCCGACUUGAAGACACUAGUCGAGGCCAUUCAGGUGGCCAAUGCCAAUAUAUCGACCACAAAUGCAGAGCUCUCCACGGUGCUGGAAGUAUUGCAGGCAGAGAAGAGCGAAACGGCGCACAUCUUUGAGUUGUUCGAGAUGGAGGCGGAUAUGAAUGCUGAAAGACUGAUCGAGAAGCUGCAGGGCAUGAAGCAGGAGUUGCAGCAAACGCACAGCGCACUCGAGUUGCAACAGAGCAGCAACAAACAGUUGGAGGAGCAACUGCAGAAGCUGCAGCAAACCGAGCAGACCUUGCAGGGUACAGCUGUCGAGGCUGCUGAGCAACUGCGUCAGCUGCAACAGGCAAAUGGUGAGCUACAGGAAACUGUGCAACAGAAGCAAUCAAAGCUUGACGAAGUCGAGCAACAGUUGCAGCAGCAACAAAGCCAAUUGAAGGAGCAGGAAAGCAGCAGCUCAGAGUUGCAACAACAACUGCAACUACUACAGAAAAGCGUGCAGCAAUUGAAUGAAAAUAAACUGCAGUUGGAGCAGCAAUUGCAGAAGUUGACAACCGACCAAGGGCAGCUGCAACAAACGCUGCAGCAGCAGCAGCAAACCGAGCAGACUUUGCAGGGCUCAGCUGUCGAGGCUGCUGAGCAACUGCGUCAGCUGCAGCAGGCGAAUGCCGAACUUCAGGAAACGGUGCAACAAAAGCAAUCAAAGCUUGACGAAGUCGAGCAACAAUUGCAGCAGCAGAAAAGCCAAUUGUCAGCCCAAGAAAGCAGCAGCUCAGAGUUGCAGCAACAAUUGCAGCUACUACAGCAAAGUGUGCAACAAUUGAAGGAAAACAAGCAGCAAUUAGAGCAGCAAUUGCAGAAGUUGCAAACUGACCAAGGGCAGCUGCAACAAACGCUGCAGCAGCAGCAACAACAGCUGGAGAAGGGCAACGAAUUUGACGCUCAACUCGCCGAGUAUCAAAAGGUCAUCGAUGAAAUGGAUGAAGCUUCCAGCGCCAAGUCAGCGCAACUGAUACAGCUGCAAAAACGCAUCUCUGAGCUGGAAUUGGCGGUGCAUCAAGCACAGCAAUCGGAGCAAAUGGUGCAGAUCGAGUGCCAGCAAUUGACUCGCCAAUUGCAAGCUCUGGAGCUAGAGGAAGCACGUGAGAUUAUGGCGCUGCGUGCCAAUGGUUCUUCGUCCAGCAAACCACAGACACAAGAGCAACUGGAUACGGAAACCAGUCUGGCCAAGAUCAACUUCCUCAACUCCAUCAUAGCGGACAUGCAGCAGAAGAACGAUGCACUCAAGGCCAAGGUGCAGACGCUGGAAACGUUGCCCAUGGACUUUACCAAACCGCAAGCUUUUGAUCUGCUGAGCAAGCGCAAACCGGCGCCACGUUUGUUCUGCGAUAUUUGCGAUGAGUUUGACAAGCAUGAAACGGAAGAUUGUCCUCUACAAGCUAGCGAAGAUCGCGACUAUUCGCCACCACCACCAGCCGAGGCCAACAAUAAUGAAAAGAAGGAGCGCAAGCUGCCAGCACCACGCAAAUAUUGCGAUUCCUGUGAAGUCUUUGGACACGAUACCAGCGAAUGCGCCGACGAUGAGACCUACUAGAUUUAAUACACAAUAAUUACUUGGUUGUUUAGACACAAAUUUGUAACGAUAUUUUAAUUGCCAGUUGGAUAAUUUGAUGUACA